UGGGCGUCUUAUCGCAGCGCGGCAAAAGCAGCAUAUAAAAAGAUGACAGAAGUUCCAUUUCGAUAUCAGUAAGUCUCUUCAAGUCUUCAAGAAAACAACAUGAAGUUCAUCAUUGCUUUCGCCUGCCUGCUGGCUGUGGCCUACGCCAACGAGGAUGCCAAUGUGCUCCGUAGUGAAGCGGAAGUCAACGUUGACAGCUUCAAGUAUGCUCUGGAGCUCGACAACUCCGUGAACGUCCACCAGCAAGGUGAGCAGCAAGGCGAGCAGUGGGUGGUUAAGGGAGACCAGGCCUGGACAUCCCCCGAGGGAGUGCCAGUCUCCAUCCAGUAUGUUGCCGACGAGAACGGAUACCAGGUGCUGGCUGCCAACCCCCCUCUGCCAACCCCUCCCCCAAUCCCAGAGGCCAUCCAGCGCGCUCUGGACUGGAUCGCAGCCCACCCCCCUAAGGAAUAAGCAUUGUUUACCAAAAAUAAAAGCAGUUAAAAGUUAA